AUGCAAGCGUUAAAAGACGACGUUGAUUUCGUAAAGGAACAUUGGCUCGACACUGAGCCGCGCAUGCCUCCACCGAACGACAACUCUCGUUGGCAUGGCAUCAAGCUAUUAGGAUCUGGUAGCUAUGGCGCAGCCGGCUUGUGGGCUGAAGCCGAUGCAGCAAACAAUAUCCGUGACAGAAUGGUGAUCAAAGAAGCCAAAGCCUUCACACCAAGCCGAUGGCGCGAUCCCAAGAACUGGCGGGACCGAUUGCCACAAGAAAUACGUAUCCACCAGCUUCUCGAAGAACGUCGUGCCGACGGGAAACCCACCGACGAGGACAUAUUCGUACCAGAGGGUUUCGUCUGGUAUACCAUCAAAGCGCUCGCGACUGCUUGUCUGGUGCUUCGCGAAGGCACUAUCGAUGACACCCCGGUUGACGGCUGGAGACCCAUCACCCACUUGGAUUUGCAGUUACCAAACAUACUUUUGAAUGUUUAUACUCCACGGAUUCCGGAAGCCAAAGGAAAGUCAAAAGCGGGCUCCUCCAAGAGUGCUAGACUCAACCGUGCCGACGCUGACGAUUGGAGGGCUAGAGAGCCUCCCGUGAUGCCUGUUCUCGCAGACUUUGGUAUUUCCUUCUUCAGUCCGGAUCGUGGCGACUGUCCGAUUACCGACAAUCCUGACGACUAUGUCAUCCACGAAACUGACACGCGAUAUCCUCCUAUCAAGGACAAAGACGGGCUACAACUCAUUCUGCCAGAUACUCCCGAGUUCGCCAUUGGACAGCCAGUCGACGCAGCUAAAAGAAGGGGACGUGAAUGA